AUGGAAGAAGACAGUGAUGUGGAGGGCACUAUGGAAGCACCCGAACUUCCCGUGGAGAUCAUAGUUUACAUCCUGAGCUUUCUUCAUGCCCCAGACAGGAAGGAAGCCUCACUGGUCUGCCACAGCUGGUACAGUGCCAGCCAGGACCUGCGUUUUCAGAAGAAUAUUACCUUCCGCUUCCCAGCUUCAGCCUCAGCCCUGGAGCUGGUGAGAGGUCUGGGCAGAAAACCAUGCUGCAGUCUGGUUAUCAGCCAGCUCGAUGGCUUCACUAUGUCCAAAUCAUUGCUCCUGGAGGUGGCUCAGUGUCUGGGCUCUAAGUUGGAGAGCUUGGCCCUGCCUGGUAGCAGUAUAACAGAGGCCUCUCUGCUGGCCCUCCUCCCUCGCCUCACAUCUCUCCGCAGACUGGACCUCCAGGGCCUGGACAGCCUCUUUAUGUCUGGAGUUUUCCUCUGCAAGGAAGAGCACAGACAGCAGGUAUUAUACAGUGCCUUGCGAAAUUCUUUCUUUCAUAAAGAGACUCCCGAUGAGGGCGUAACCCUGGAUGGUUACUCUGUGUUCAGACAGGAUCGCAGCGCCGCUGAAAGUGGCAAGACCCGCAGAGGAGGAAUGGCUGCCUUCAUCAAACAGUCCUGGUGCACAGACUGUGCCAGCCUGCAGGGCUGUCUAGAGGCCACAGACUGGAGCAUCUUCAAAUGGGCCACAGAUGACAUCCAUGAAUAUGCAGAGACUGGCUGCUGUAUCAUCCCCAAACUCUUUACCCUGUACACCCACGACUGUGUCUUCAACCAUGACACCACCAUCAUCAUUAAAUAUGCUGACGACACCACCAUUCUGGGCUUCAUCAAGGGGGGAAACGAGUCAGUCGACUCACCAGCUGCACCCCACGCCUUCGCCGGCUCUCGCUGGCUGGCUGCCCUAUCGCCUUCGAGUCGAGGGUGCCCGGUGGGAGACGAGAACUCAUCAGCAUUACUGUCCCUCAGGAACUUGAGGAGGUUGUUAACAGAGCAGAAGUCGACCCUUGUUGCUCUGGACCUCAGCAGAACCUCCAUCACCCCUGAAUCACUACGCACUAUUGCACAGGUUCCAGAUUUGGUGUUAAAGGAACUGUGUUUCCACGGCUGUAAGGAACUGACUGACUACUCGGUGGAGGCUCUGGUGAAGCACCAGCCGAGCCUCCAGAGACUGGACAUCAGUGCCUGCACUGACUUGACUAGUAGGUCUGUAGUGGCCAUAGCAUGGGGCCUGAAGUCACUGACGCACCUGUCUGUGUCCCACGACUGGAGAAUAACUGAAAAAGGUCUCGCUGAGCUGCUGUCUGUGCCGUCACUGAGGAGUCUGGAUCUGUCAGAGUGUGUGCACGUCAAUGGAACAGAGAUCGUGAAAGGCUUGAUGGGUUCCAAUGCUAGCAGAGCACAGCUGAAGAUUAUCAACCUCAGGAGCUGCAACUACAUUAGGGAUCUUUCCGUUUUCUCUCUGGCCCAGCUUCUUGGGGAUACGCUCUGUGAAUUGGACCUGACCUCAUGCAUCAGUGUGACUGACCUCUCUGUGCGCGCUAUUGCCACCUACCUUCAAAGGCUGGUAGUUCUACGGCUUGGCUGGUGUAAACAAGUGACAGACUGGGGUCUGCUAGGGAUGGUGGAAAUGACGAUGUGUGAGCCUGACAAGGACAGGGGUGACAAGGAUUCCAGGUUCACCCGCACCUUUGGCAACAUGGGCUUCUUCAAGCCUCCUUGUCUUCCUUUUGAGGCGCGUCCCAAGCUGGUGACAGAGACUGACCUGGAGCAAUUCAAACAGCAGGCUGGAGCUUCUCUUUUAGCUCUCAGCAGGCUGCAGGAGCUGGACCUCUCUUCCUGUUCCAGACUCACUGAUAGCAGCAUCACACAGGUAAUGCGGUACCCGGAUCUCCAGCGACUGUCUCUCUCCAUGCUGCCUGAGAUCACAAAUGCAAGCUUGGUGUCGGUAGCCCGGCACUGCCGCAGCCUCACCAGCCUGGCCCUCAGCCACUGUCCGGGUAUCAGUGACUGCGGAGUGGCAAAGGCUGCACCGUACCUGCACAGACUGCAGCAUCUCUACCUCUCCUGUUGUAAUAACAUCACUGACAGAUCCUUGGCGUUCCUGGUGCAGCACUGUAAGCGCCUGAGAACCCUCGACAUCUCAAGGUGCCAAAACAUCUCCGUAACAGCAGUGGACCUCCUACAGUCACAGCUACCCUUUUUGGAAAAUGUCCACUGCAAAUUCAUAGGUGGGGCUGAUGACUGAGUGAAUGCC